AUGAAUAGGGGAAUUGCUUUGGUUGAAAAUCUCAAGGACUCUUGCUUGCUAGAAGAUGGUAUCUUCAACCACACUGUGAAGAUGCAUGACGUAGUUCAUGAUGUUGCCAUAUGGAUUGCAACCUCCUCGAAACUUGAUGGAUGUAAAUCCUUUGUUCAGUCAGGAAUCGGUUCGAAUCAAAUUUCAGAAGUUGAAUUGUCAGAAUCUCUCAAUAGAGUUUCUUUUAUGGAGAACGAAAUAACAAGGUUGCCUGAUUGCGCAAUACAAUGCCCAAAGGUAUCAAGUCUACUUCUACAAGGUAAUCUUCCUCUUGAGAUAGUUCCAGAAGGAUUCCUGCUUGGAUUUCCAGCACUUAGAGUCUUAAAUCUGAGUGAAACUUGCAUCCAUACACUACCUCUUUCAGUUAUCCAAUUGCAUAAACUCGAGGCUUUUCUGCUACAAGGAUGUCAGAACCUCAAAGAAUUACCCCCACUUGGAACACUUCAUAGGUUACAAGUUCUCGAUUGCUCUUCUACUAAUCUUGAGGCAUUGCCAGAAGGAAUGGAAAAUUUAACCGAUCUAAGGCUGUUAGAUCUAUCAGAAACUCACCACUUGAGACAUAUUCCAAAUGGAAUUAUAUCCCAGUUGUCCCGUUUAGAAACUAUAAACAUGACAAAUAGUUUCUACAAGUGGAGUGGGAAGAGACCAAAGGAAGAAUUGGGAACAACACCAAUUGAUGAGCUAGGAUGCCUCAACCAAUUGAUUGCUCUAUACAUUAACCUGAACAGCUUGUAUCUUGCCUUUGAAGAUCUUUCUUGGAUAAAAAGAUUAAAAAGAUUCCAUUUUGUCAUAGGUCAUGCUGAUGAAAAACUUCUAGUACAACAAAAAUGUCAGGAAAAGAGGGUUAAUCUUUGUUGGGUUGAUUUUUCUGGGGAAUGUUGUUGGGUUAAGCAAUUGUUGGAAAAUGCAAGUAAUCUGAUUUUGGAUCAUUGUCAAAAUCUAGAAGCGAUACCUGCAGGCUUGGCAAAUGAAUGCUACUGUUUUAUUGGUUUGAAAUCACUAACUAUCACAGAUUACUAUGGUAAGUUUCUACCAGCAAGAGAAAGUGGUGAUGACCGAUUUGACCUCUUACCUAACCUUGAGGAACUUGUUCUCCGUCAAGUGUCUCGACUAUUGUCCAUUUCAGAACUAGCUCAAUUUCUCAAACUCCGACUUUCUACACUAAGAAAAAUAAGUUUGUCCCGUUGUGAGAGUUUAAAAUAUCUUGUCUCUUCUAGUGCGAGUUUGAAAAAUCUAGAAGAACUCACUGUUAGCUCUUGUUGGAUGUUUCCAGAGCUCUUUGAGAAUGCUAGUUCAAGCCAGUCUUUUGAGGACCUUCUUGAGCAUGCUACUUCAAGCCAAACAUUGAUUAACGACCCUAUGCGGACAACACCAGUCAUGGCAGCAUCUAGAGAACUUGAAGUAAUCGCUUGCUACCAAUUCAAGAAGUUGCCAUUCACUACCCAAAAUGCUACUGCCAUAAAAGAAAUAAGAGGUUCAUCGCAAUGGUGGAACGAUUUGGAGUGGGAUGAUGAAGAUACAAAAUCAGUGUUGGUUGCUUUUGUGAUUGGGCAUUGUGACAAUGUGCUUGUGAUGCUUUCAUUUCUUUGA